CCCCACAUAGUUUUUUUUAUUUGUUUCUUCUUUCAAAUUUUCUCCAAAUUUUCCCAUUUCAGUUUUUUGCUUAAAAAAACUUACUUGAAAAAGGUAGAAGAAAAUAUUUAGUUUUCUUUACUUUUUUACAAACCUCGCAGUCACUUAUUUCCACAAUCUUUUUCUCUCUCUACCUAAUCUACUUUAUAUUCUAUCGCUUGUACUUUUCAGAUUUGAAACUUUGCAGCUGUAAGUCUCUACCACUCUCUGCCCUUCUCUCCUGGGGAGGGCCAUUUUGUUUUGACCCCACUUUUUCCUCCUCGGCACCAUAGCUCCCCCCAGCCGUUCACCCCCCCGCCCCCUGGCCCCUUUCGGCCUUGGGAGGAAGACUUUGAUUGCAGUGGCUAUUGGUGUGGUGAUGGUCCUAAUAUUGGUAAUCCUUAUUCCAGUGUUGGUCAAUUCAGUGGGCUCUGAUGGCCAUUAUGAGAUGUUGGGCACUUGCCGCAUGGUGUGUGACCCCUACCUCAGCAAAACUGGGGCCACCACCACCAGUACCAGUAUCCGGGCUGGUACUGGAGCUGAACCGCUGAGCGACAGAGGACAGUCAGCACCUUCAACCUUGGUCCAAGGUCCUCAAGGCAAAGCUGGACGUCCUGGGAAGCCCGGGCCACCUGGAGAGCCUGGAGAACCAGGUCCACCUGGGCCAGUUGGACCUCCAGGAGAACGAGGGGAGCCAGGCAAGCCUGGACCACCAGGAUUGCCCGGAGGAGGCGUUAAUGGUGCCAUCAGCACAGCAACGUACACCACUAUUCCACGAGUGGCAUUCUACGCUGGGCUGAAGAACCCUCAUGAAGGUUAUGAGAUUCUCAAAUUUGACGAUGUAGUCACCAACCUUGGGAACAACUACGACGCAGCAAGUGGCCGUUUCAGCUGUACUGUACCAGGGACAUAUUUCUUCACGUACCAUGUGCUGAUGAGAGGUGGUGAUGGUACAAGCAUGUGGGCAGACCUAUGCAAGAAUGGACAGGUGCGGGCAAGUGCCAUUGCUCAGGAUGCCGAUCAAAAUUACGACUACGCCAGUAACAGUGUAAUCCUCCACUUAGACGCAGGGGAUGAAGUCUUCAUCAAACUGGAUGGUGGGAAAGCACACGGAGGAAACAAUAACAAAUACAGCACCUUCUCUGGAUUCAUUAUCUACUCAGACUGAGGGUUUCUUCACUGCUAAUUGCCCAUCCAACUGCCACAACACUGCUAAGGACUGAGAAGCAUGAGAUAGCAUUAAGAAACUAUCUUACCUUUAAAGCCCCAUGUGAUCAGCUUAGUAUGGUAACCUCAUUCCAACACCUAUUAUGUAUCAGUCCCACAAAGCUCAGUGCUGUACUUUCUCCUAACCUUCACGUUACAUCUUUCUUCCAAACCUCACUCCUGUAACACUUUGCCAAAAUUAAGUUUUACGGCAAGCCUCACUUUUAUAACUUACCAUAAAGCCUUACUCCCUUAUUCCCGAUCUCCAUCUUAAAUCUUACUCAUCACUAAAAAUAUCAAUCAUCCAUCUUUCGUUGACUGUCGGCAAAAAAAAUGAAGUCUUAUCCACAAUUCAAAUGUGGUGGUGGUGGAGCGGGUGGGGUACAAGUGUGCUUAGAAUUUUUCUUUUAGCACAAUAACCAUACAAUUGGUCAAACUUGUCUUAAUGUGCAUUUCCUAUCAACCUAUGUGAGAGUAAAUAAACAUAAGAAUAUACAAGGGUCAAAACAGUGCAUGCAUUCUCUAAAGUAGUUGGACAUUAGCAGGUAAAAGUCACUCUGAAAAGAAAAUUCAGAGUUUCAAUAUUAGAACAAUUGCCUGCGUUAUAUUUUUUUUUAGUCUUUAGUAAGGCUUAUUUUUAAACCUGGCCACAUGCCUGGUUCCAAACUCAUUUUCCUUAGUUCUGUAAUGUUAAGCACUGCAUAAUAUGUUGCAGUUAUAUAGCUCCUAAAAUUUUAUUCCUCAAAUAAUAAAUAUAUAUAUAUAUAUAUA